GUGCAUGCAACUUAUACCAAAAAUUUGUGGGUAGAAUUUUACUUGCGUCUUUUUUUUUUAUCGUUCCCAAAGGAUAGACUUCAAAGGCUUCCACAAGUUAUAGUUGCAGCGGAAAAAGUCAUACAAAUGAUAGAUUUUGUUGAGUUGUCCAGUUAUUACGGUAUGAAGACCGACACUCGGCCAGACGCCAUUAUCAUCAAGAGUGAGAAAGACAGCCAAAAAGCUACAUUAAUAGACGCUUUGUGUCGUAAGGGAAUAGCUCUAGCUGACAGGAUACUGGAAAAAUCUUCAGAUAGUAAGGAAACCACAGACGAUGGAGAUGCAAGUAGUUCGGAUGACCAGGCGGAGACAGAGGAAGCAAUCUAUGAAAGACUUGAUGAGACUUUCAAGGAACUUGUUAAGUGGAUUGACGCAUCAGACCCUAAGGUUCUGCCGUUUUACAUUCGCCGCGCGCAGGCAAUGAAGCUCUACGGCCUUGCCCUGAAGGCUUCAAUGAAACAAAAUGGCGAUGGCACGCCUAACAGGGUAAACGAUGACAGGAACAUCCUGUUGUUCGAGAAGCUUGGCUGGGAACAUUGUGCGCGACUCACCAGAGAGAGUCUUCCGGUGAAGUAUCCUGCCUCCUAUCAGCCGUUUUAAUGAACACUUUUGCUGUAGCUUUUAUAUCGCUGUUUCAUUUUGACAGGUUUAACUGAAUUAAAUGCACGCGGGCACGUGUAGCACGAAAAGUACUAAAUUUACUUACAUGAUGCACUUCUUUGUAUAUGGACAGUGCUGUUUAGACCUUUAACUCUUGUUCUCAGAUCAAAAUAUCAAUGAAUAAGUUGCCAGUUAUCGAAUCCUUGUGUAUGCGCAAAGAUUUCAGGAAUCGCCACGGGGCAAACAUUGGUAGUUGCUAGAAAGAAAUAUAUGGCGAUAGGUCUUUUCGACUUCCGAAAAAAAAAACCAUUUUGGAGAGAGAGCAACGCUUUUCCGCCGCAUUUUCAUCACGCGCAAAUACAAGGAUCCGAUUACUGGCAACUCAUUCAUUCUCUGUACUGUCUGCCAUACUUUUUUUACUAUUUAAGAAAAGAGAAUUUUGUUUUCAAUCAAUCCGUGUUACGUGGUUGAUAUGUCUGUGCUCUUAUCACUUUUCUACCUGGAAGUAUAGUUUAAUUUGAAGGAGAUAUAACAUAUUGUUCUUUCCUGUGAAAAGGUUAAGUACGCAAUUUUCAAAUGUUGCCAAGGAUAUGUAAAACUGCUUGAUGAACAGAUCGAUUCAAAAAUGAAUCUAAUAAAAAAACACGCUGUUGUCA